AUGUCCCGCACCGCACGACAGUCGAUGUACCCGACACCACCAGGAGCCUCACACUGGGCCGCACUCGACGCCUGCUCGGCCGCGCUCCAAGCGAGCUGCUCGAAUCUGGAGAGCGCGGUGGGCAUCUUGCACCAGGGAACGAUGGAUCUGCCGCGGUUGGCGGGCAUCGUGCAGAGCCGGCGGAUGUUCGACCUCGUCACGGAGAUAGAAGUCUUUGCGGCGCAACGAGCGCUGGCGAACGAGAUGGCGCCGCAGAUUGACGAGCUGAUUCGGAGGGCGGAAGACGGUCUCGAGGGAUUGAAGCAGAAGGAGCGGACAUUGCGGGCAAAGGUCGAGAAACGCCAAUCCGCCGCCUCUCGCUCCCAAACACCCAUCACCGUCGACCAAAGCGAGCUCGACACACUCGAGCAAAAGCUUGCCUCGCUCCAGCAGAAGAAGAACCGGCUAGGGAGGGAAGUCGAGGCGCUGGACGAGCGGGCUGCGAAGGCGAAAAGUGCGAGGGCGAGGCCGGGUGCGGCAACGGCGGGGCGAGGGGUGAAGCGGUGA